GCCGACUUUUUUUUUACCUAACGAAUUAAUCCUUUUAUCUAUCUUCUGAAAAUCGCAACUUUAGAAAAGAAGCAACGAAAAUGGCGAGCCUUGUCUUCAAUACGCCGUGGCUUAGGGUUAGGUCUUUACCGGAGCUUGCUCCUACUUUCCUCCGACGGCGUCAAUCCUCUUCAUUUCACUGUUCCCGGCGAAGCUUCGCGGUCGUCGCGUGUUCUUCGCCCAGUAACGAUGGUGGGUCAGUCAGAGUCCGUUUCGCGCCUUCUCCUACUGGCAAUCUCCAUGUGGGUGGAGCAAGGACUGCUCUCUUCAACUACCUAUUUGCGAGGUCUAAAGGAGGGAAAUUUGUGCUGAGGAUAGAGGAUACGGAUUUGGAGAGAUCAACACGUGAAUCUGAAGCAGCUGUUCUUCAGGAUCUCAGGUGGCUAGGUCUUGAUUGGGAUGAAGGUCCUGGGGUUAGUGGAGACUUUGGUCCAUAUCGACAAUCCGAAAGAAAUGCGCUUUACAAACAAUACGCAGAGAAGCUUUUAGAGUCAGGCCACGUUUAUCGAUGCUUUUGCUCCAGUGAGGAACUUGUCAAGAUGAAGGAGACUGCAAAGCUAUUACAAUUGCCUCCGGUAUAUACUGGUAAGUGGGCAACCGCUAGUGAUGCUGAAGUAGAGCAAGAGUUAGAAAAGGGAACACCUUUUACUUACCGGUUUCGUGUGCCAAAGGAAGGGUCUUUGAAAAUUAAUGACUUGAUUCGCGGUGAGGUAUGUUGGAACUUUGAUACCCUUGGAGAUUUUGUGGUAAUGAGGAGUAAUGGCCAACCUGUUUACAACUUUUGUGUUACGGUAGAUGAUGCUACCAUGGCUAUUUCACAUGUUAUAAGGGCUGAAGAACACUUACCUAAUACUCUAAGGCAGGCUCUAAUUUACAAGGCUCUAAAGUUCCCGAUGCCUCAAUUUGCACAUGUCUCUCUAAUUCUAGCUCCGGAUAGAAGUAAACUGUCAAAGCGACAUGGGGCAACUUCUGUAGGCCAGUACAGAGAGAUGGGAUAUUUACCUCAGGGAAUGGUUAACUAUUUGGCACUCUUAGGUUGGGGAGACGGCACUGAAAAUGAAUUUUACACACUUGAGGAAUUGGUUGAGAAAUUCUCGAUUGAACGUGUCAACAAAAGUGGUGCGAUAUUCGAUUCUACAAAGUUUAGAUGGAUGAAUGGUCAACAUCUGAGGGCACUUCCAUUUGAAAAACUAACAAAACUUGUUGGUGAGCGAUGGAAGAGCGCCGGUAUCUUAACAGAAUCCGAGGGGAGCUUUGUAAACGAAGCCGUCGAGGUUCUCAAAGAUGGGAUUGAUUUGGUGACAGAUUCAGACAAAGUACUUUUGAACUUGCUUUCAUAUCCUUUACACGCUACAUUGGCUAGCCCUGAAGCUAAGCCCGCCGUUGAAGACAAGCUUCAUGAAGUAGCAGCGAGCCUGGUAGCUGCUUAUGACAGCGGUGAGAUUCCAAAGGCUUUAGCAGAAGGACAAGGUGGUUGGCAGAAAUGGGUGAAAGCCUUUGGCAAAUCAUUGAAACGCAAAGGGAAAUCACUCUUCAUGCCACUACGAGUGUUGCUAACGGGAAAACUCCAUGGACCUGAGAUGGCAACCAGUAUCGUUCUGAUUCACAAAGCUGGAAGUCCCGGUGUUGUGGUUCCUCAGGCCGGGUUUGUGUCUAUGGAGGAACGGUUUAAGAUCCUUAGGGAGGUGGAUUGGGAAGCUUUGAACAAAGGCGAGAGUGUACCUCUUGAAUCUACAGCCUCGGUAUCAACCUGAGAAAAUUCCUUAAUCUUCGUUUAGUUGGUGAAAAGACCAGCACGACCAAGUUUGUAGAGUAUUUUGUUCUUGAUCAAAGCACUUUGCGCGUUUUUGCCUAAACUUAGGAACAAACCAGAGAGCAGAAACAUCUUAAGGCCAGUUUUAAAUUUGCUUUUCAGGCUCUGUGUUCUUACAUUUUCUUAUUGAAUUUGUUCUUUGUUCUCUCAAGACAAUCUUUAUAAUGGUGAAAAGCUCUCCUAUAAAAAGGUAUUUGUAUGAAAGGUAGUCAUGUCAAAUGGAGUCAAAUUGUCCGAUAUCUGACCUGAGCUCGGGCUAUUUCGGGCUUGACCCGAUUGGUUUCUUAGAAAACAGGAUAAAACUGAGUUCAAAGCUGGGAUUUUGGAGCUGAGAGGUGGGGACUGAAGUGAAGCUAACCACAGAAACACUUGAAAGAGAAUCUGAAAGACUCAAACUUUAAAGCUUAAAACUUUUGAGUAAGAAGAAAAGAUUUGGACUUUUGCCAAUAGGACUGAGGGGAAAUCUCACCUUAUCCACACUCCAACCACAAUCCCUUAUUACAUUCAAGUCCACGUCAUCAUCAUCCUCAUUCAUCUCUAAUACUACUAAAAUCUAAUCUCUUCCUUCUUCACCCACCCAAUCAAAAAACAAAAGAAAAAAAAACGGGAUCUUCAAUGGCGGCCAUGAACUCGAGUGUUCUCACGUGCAGCUACGCAAUCUCUGGUGCUAGCUCUGUAGAGCUAAACCAGAAAGUGGGUUUGGUGAACUCAUCGGUUGGGUUUGGUCAGAAGAAACAGACGAUUCCUGUGAUCAAAGCUCAACGGGUUGUUGGUGAUGAUGUUGAUGGAUCUAAUGGAAGAAGAUCCGCCAUGGUUUUCUUAGCUGCUACACUCUUCUCUUCUGCUGCUGUUUCUGCUUCUGCUAAUGCUGGUGUCAUCGAUGACUACCUCGAGAAGAGCAAAGCCAACAAAGAACUCAAUGAUAAGAAGAGAUUGGCAACAAGUGGAGCCAACUUCGCGAGAGCAUUCACCGUUCAAUUCGGAAGCUGCAAGUUCCCUGAGAAUUUCACUGGAUGCCAAGAUCUUGCCAAGCAAAAGAAAGUGCCAUUCAUCUCAGAAGAUUUGGCGUUGGAAUGCGAAGGGAAAGACAAGUACAAGUGUGGUUCCAAUGUUUUCUGGAAAUGGUGAAGAACUUUUGUUUGUUUUUAUCCAAUUCUUAUAUAAAUCCAACAAUGUAUCUAUCUCUCUCUAUUUUCAUCCAAGUUCUCAUAUCCAUUUGAAUCUCUAUCAACUUAAACUCUGUCGAGUAAUUAGGAACCAUUCAUUAUUGCACAAAAAUUACUUUGGGGCGUGGAUGACAAUUUGAAUGAAUAAUUAUUAUACGUAUGCUCGCCAAAUACAGAACUUUAACAAGCAAAUCGAAAGCUGGAAUAAUUACUGGUGUUUUGCCUGAUUUACGUUCGAAGAUUAUAGUUAAGUUUGGGUUGCUGUGUUUUCUGAG